AUGUCACUGGUAAUCCAGCCUCUACUUAUGAGGGCAUUGAACCCCAACUUAUCCAGUAUUUUAAUAUCGGGGCGUGGGUUUAGUUUGAUUCAGCACAGACGGUUCGCGUUUAGAGCUGGAUCUGGAAACAAUAACUCCGAGCAAAACCAGGUUCACAUCAAUACGGCCCCAAUAGAGUUUACUGCGAAUCUUUUGGCAGGUAAAAACGAAACUGAAGCUGAAACUGAAGGCCUCAAAGGAACUGCUCUAAAAGCAUUGAGAUGCAAUGACACAACCUCAGAUUCAGAACCGCAGCAUAAUAUGGAGAACCUACCGUUCAAAGUUAAACUCGUGGAUAAAGGACAAAGGAAGCAGAUAAAGGAAUCCAAGGCCAGAGUAGAGCCUCGCCCCGAGGUCUCUUUGAAGAAAACAUAUAUCGAGCCUUAUCUACAGUUGUCGAAACCUAGACUUACAGUUUUAGUGAUGUUGAGCGCAAUAUGUUCGUACGCACUAUCACCAUAUCCAGCUACAGUCUUGCAACUAUUAUCAUUGACUGUGGGUACCACCUUGUGUUCAGCAUCUGCCAAUGCCAUAAAUAUGGGCCGUGAGCCUGAUUUCGAUCGUCAAAUGAUUAGAACGCAGGCCAGACCUGUUGUUAGAGGAAUAGUAUCACCAAAUCAAGCAUUCAAAUUUGCUACUGCGGCAGGUACCCUCGGUACAUCUAUUUUAUGGUUAGGUGUUAAUCCAACGGUGGCCUUCCUUGGUUUUUCCAACAUCGCUUUAUAUGCAUGGUUAUACACUUCAUUAAAAAGGAAACACAUAAUUAACACAUGGGUUGGAGCACUUGUCGGUGCAAUUCCUCCUCUAAUGGGGUGGGCUGCAUCUUCUCCAUUAUCCCAUCCUGGUGCAUGGUGUCUUGCUGGGUUGUUAUACGCAUGGCAAUUCCCACAUUUCAAUACGUUAAGUCACAACAUCAGGAAUGAGUACAAGAACGCGGGAUACGUCAUGACUGCAUGGAAGAAUCCAAAGCUUAAUGCUCGUGUAGCUCUGCGAUACUCACUUCUGAUGUUCCCAUUAUGUUUUGGUCUUUCAUACUUCAAUGUCACCGACUGGUAUUAUCAAUUGGAUUCAGCAUUUGUUAAUGCUUGGAUGUCACUAUGGGCAUUCAAGUUUUAUUUCCAGCAAAAGCGUAAUUACUCCAAGGAGAUAUACAAUAACAAGACAGAAUUCAACAAAGGGUUGGCAAUGGCCAACGUUUAUGCGAGGAGAACAUUCUGGGUCAGUGUACUACAUUUGCCGGCAGUAUUGAUUUUAGCAAUUUUGCAUAAAAAGGACCGUUGGGACUGGCUCUUUGAAGAUAAGAAACAACUCUCAGCAUAA